CUCAAAAGUCUUUGACACAGUUACCGGCUAUCCCGGUAGCCUACUCAAUCAAAUAUCGUGUCCCUAUAAUCAUCUAAGCUCGUUCUUCGAGACAGUUUCUAAUAAAUCAUUUCUCACAGUUAUCUCUUCAUCUCUAUCUAUCUUGCCUUUCACUUCUUAAAAUGGAAAACAAAGAGGAACAUGAGGAAACUGCUCCUCCUAGAAAUGAGUGGGAAGUGGUGUCGCUCACACAGUCAGCAUAUGCUGCUGCCCCUGGUCCAAGACAGGUUGAUCUCGCUGAUGAUAGUAAUGCAAAGUAUGUAGCUGAAACUUCUGAUCCAAUGUUUAUGUCGGGGCACUUUGGCUUUCCACAAAAUCAGCACGUGAAUUCAGCAGUGCAACCAGGUAAUGAUGAGGUUCUGAAUGAGCAGGGCGGAGAAGAUGCUACUCCUGAACUUGUUGCUGACAAAGGCGUUAAUUCAGAUACAUAUGAAGAGAGUACAAAAACUAAAGGAUUGAGCACAACGGAAUUUCAUGCUGAGAAUUCAGCAUUGCAACCAGAUAAUGAUGAGGUUCUUAAUAAGAGGGGUGGAGAAGAUACUACUACUGAAUUUGUUGCUGACAAAGGGGUUAAUUCAGAUACAUGUGAAAUAAGUACAAAAACUAAAGGACUGAGCACAAUGGAAUUUCCUGGAGAUCAAAUUUUUGAUGAAAAGAUUAACAUUUUAUCGUUAAGUGGUGCAGAAUUUGAAGAAGAUGCAGCCUUGCAGGGGGCAAGUUUGGUGGACAAAGAGCAGAAUUUCUUUGGUUCUGCUACAUAUAGUUCUUUCCAUAGUGAAGGACCCAUGGGUGUGUCAGCAUCAACAGAAGAAAACAAUAUGGUAGCAGAACCAGUUGAAGAAGAUUCAGGCAUAUCUAAUUUGCCAAAGGCUAAAGAUGAAGAUAACGAUGAUGCAGUAAAUCUUCCUUGUCAAGCCUGGUGGAAAAGGCGGGCUGUUUCACUUAUUGCCCAUGCUAAAGAUGCAAAUGCAUUCUGGUCCAUUUUCGUUGCUGCAGCUGUUAUGGGCAUUGUGAUUAUUGGCCAGAGAUGGCAGCUGGAAAGGUGGCAGGUGUUGGAAAUGAAUUGGAAGUUUGGAGGACAUGAUGAGAGAAUGAGCAGGGCAUUUAUUAGUCCCAUAUCCCGAUUGAAAGAAGUGAUGAUUGGGAGUGGUCGCCCUGGUUCCUUUAUCCGAGGGAGUGCAUCAGCACAACGUUAAGAUGAUGAUGACGAAAAUGAGCUUGUCUGCGUGCAAGUCAUAGCUUAGGUUUGCUUUCAGUGUACCUAAUAUUAUUUACUUUUCACGGGGUUUAACGAGUGGAUAUGUUGUUGUAAUGGGGUUGUAAUGGUGGAAUCUGUGAGCAACAUUGAUGGGUAAAAACAAGUAAAUGUGUUGAUUUCCAGAA